GGGGCACGCCGGGAUCGCCGCGCGCCGAUCCCCGCCUCCCAUGGUGCCCCGGGGCGGCUGAAUGGGGCAGAGCCAAGAUGGCGGCGAGCGCGGCCGCGGCGGGCGGAGGGUCCCUGUUCGAGUGCCCGAGCUGGGCGGGGAAACCACCACCUGGCUUACACCUGGAUGUAGUCAAAGGAGACAAACUCAUUGAGAAACUCAUCAUUGAUGAGAAGAAAUACUAUCUCUUUGGGAGAAAUCCUGAUCUGUGUGAUUUUACCAUUGACCACCAGUCUUGCUCUCGGGUCCAUGCUGCCUUGGUCUAUCACAAACAUCUCAAGAGGGUUUUCCUCAUAGAUCUGAACAGCACACAUGGCACAUUCCUGGGCCACAUCCGUUUGGAAGCUCACAAACCCCAGCAGAUCCCCAUUGACUCCACGGUUUCCUUUGGAGCCUCCACCCGUGCGUACACGCUGCGGGAGAAGCCGCAGACGCUGCCCUCGGCAGUGAAGGGCGACGAGAAGAUGGGUGGUGAGGACGAGGAGCUGAAGGGUUUGCUGGGGCUGCCAGAGGAAGAGACAGAACUGGAUAAUCUGACAGAGUUUAACACAGCCCACAACAAAAGGAUCUCCACACUGACCAUUGAGGAAGGGAACUUGGACAUCCAGAGGCCAAAGCGAAAACGGAAGAACUCCAGAGUGACGUUCAGUGAUGAUGAUGAGAUCAUCAACCCGGAGGACGUGGAUCCAUCUGUGGGGCGGUUCCGGAACAUGGUGCAGACAGCAGUGGUCCCUGUUAAGAAGAAGCGCCUGGAGAACGCGGGCGCGCUGCCCACGGACGAGUCGGCGUCGCGGCGCAUGCAGAGCUUCCCCUACAGCGGAGGAUUGUACGGGGGGCUGCCGCCCACCCACAACGAGGCGGGGUCGCAGCCCCACAGCGUCCACGGCACCGCGCUCAUCGGGGGGCUGCCCAUGCCCUACCCCAACCUCGCCCCCGACGUGGACUUGACUCCGGUUGUGCCCUCCACAGUGAACAUGAACCCAGCUCCAAACCCCGCUGUCUUCAACCCUGAAGCUGUGAAUGAACCCAAGAAGAAGAAAUACGCCAAGGAGGCCUGGCCGGGCAAGAAGCCGACGCCGUCCCUGCUGAUCUGAGCCAGGCUGAGGGGAGGGUAGGAGUCACCAACUCCAGAAACUUUUCAUGUGCGGUAUGGUCUUUUUAAAAUUUCGUUGUCCUAACAGAUGUAAUGCCAAGAUUGGAGGAGUGAAAUAUCCUUUAAAGAUCUGUCUUCAAAUGUUUUUAUAUGUCUGUUAAAGGAAAAAAAAAAAAUACAGCUCCCAUCUCCUUUUGAACCAAAACCCCUACAGCCUUUUCUUAGCCACCACUGUCCCAGAGGUCUUUAUGCUGAGUUUGGAUCCACAUCGAAGGGGCAGUCACAGAAUUGAAUUAUCACUUACGGCAUGACCUUGCAGGUCUGUGUAUUUCAGUGCUGGGCUCGCUGUGGUGACACUGUUCCUGCUCAACAUGCUCACAGCAGGGCAGCUUUGUCUAGAGGAAAUGUUUGUGGGGCCAAGCCCUGCAGAAUCCCAUUGGAAGGAGUUGUAAAAUUUGCAGAGUAUAGGUCAGCUAUUAUUUUUUAUAUUUUCAAAACCCCACCAAUGUGGGGCAUUCUUUUUUUUUAAUUAUUAUUAUUUUUAGUUUGGCUAACAGCUUGUUUUAAUUUCCACAUAGAACACUAGAUCAUCCCAUGAGUCAUGAGCUGAGAUGGAGAAGCAGCAGGUGGGUUCCUUAGCUUUGUUGCAGUGCUGCAGAAUGGGGGCUGUGGGAUGGAUUGGGAUGGAUUCGGGUCCAGCAGGAUCAGGCACUGCCUGCACUGUGCCAUGGUGAGCUCCCCUGGAUAACUCAGGGUGAAGUUAACACAGUGGAGUUUCUUUUAGACUUGGUGGCCCCUGUGGCUUAAAUAGUUUCAUUUUUAUUUGCAAAUGGAACUUUUAAGUUUAGGGUGUACGAGAUUCAACAAGACAAAAAGCUGGGAGGACUGGCGUGUUCCCCACACACAGAUAUUUUGGCUGCUGGGAACUGCGGGUGAGAAUUGAGUGCUACUGAGAGGCAGAAUAGGAAUUCUCAGUGGACUUGGGUUGUUGCUCAAGCCCUUUAGUUCCUUGGGUUUUAGGUUUGAAAGUGAUUCACAUACUCAGACAUAUUGUGACUGCAUUUUACACAUGGUAAGGCCAGAGCUCUGUUAUUCUUAAGUUCACUCUGGAUAUUUUUUCACACUCUGAUGCAGCUCAGCUACAAGUCACAUUCCUUUGCUGUUUGGGGGAUCCAGGAAAUGUGUACCGAAAUGAGAGCAUGAACCUGGCUGUUGACUGUGUGCAGGGCUGCAGCUGCUUGGGGAGGUAGUGCCAGGUUGCUGGGUCAGUGCUGUGUUCAGAGAGCUGGGGAUGGUGGGUGCUGGAUCAGUGCUGUGUUCCAGAGACCUGGGGAUGCUGGAUGGUGCUGGAUCAGUGCUGUGUUCAUUGAGCUGGGAUGUUGGAUCAGUGCUGUGUUCACUGGGCUGGGGAUGCUGGAUGCACCAAACCCAUUUCAGACAGAUGCCCCAAAAUCUCUGUGAGUUUUGCUCCACAGUGGUUGCUUCUAUCAUGUCCUUGAGGUGCCAGCAGGCACCUGCACAGCUCACAAGAGCCUUGGCUUUAGGGACUGCUCUGUUCCCUCCCCACCCCAUCACAUCCAGCUCAGACUAUUCCUUGGGUGGAUUCAGCACCUGCUCCAUGAUCCAGCUGCGCUGCUCUGUAUUUAAGUUGCCAUUGAUGAUUCAGCAGGACAUUUGUGCUGCUUCCCAGUGCUCCCACAAUGACUCAAAAUCUUCCUCUCUUUAGUCUGGCCUGUAGGAUUUUCAUUUCCCAACCAGUUGCUUUCUGAAGGCAACUCUUUAGGGUAAGACUAGUCAGGACAAACAAAAGUUGAGCAGGUUUCCUUAUUUUUCUUUUUGUUUUGGGGUUUUGUUUUAUUUUGGGGGGAAGAGGGUUGGAUUUGGGGUUUUUGGGGAUUUUUUUUUUUUUUGCAAGUGGCUCUUUGCAAGAUUUUUCUUGACAAGGAAAACUUCACUGCUCGUUGUUUUUUAAAGCUCUUCUCCUCCCAGACUCUGAACCAGCUCUUAUUAUUUCAGAGCUUAGGGGCCGCGGCUGGCCAGGAGGGGACAGGAACAUCGAGGGGCUUUGUACAGACAUUUGUACACUUGUGUAAUAUGUAAUAGGCCUUUUCACACUUCUGUUGAGCUUUUUACCUGUAACCUUUACUAUGUUGUAAAUUAAAUGCAGAUUUUGCCAGG